GUUUUGCAUGGUGCUAGUCGCUUGCGAUUCAAAUAAAAGACGUGCGUAAUCAUCGACGAUUGGAACACUUUGAAGAUCCAGAGCCUCAUUGCAGUUUUCUACUCCAGAAUGAAAUUUUUUGCUGUCUUCUUGUUGAUCGUCGUCUGCUUAUUCGCUUGCGGAGAUUCCCAGACGACGCUGAGGACGACGACGAAGCCAACGGCGAGGCCGACAACGACGAGGCCGACAACGACGAGGCCGACAACGGCGAGGCCGACAACGACGAGGCCGACAACGACGAGGCCGACAACGACGAAGCCAACGCCGACGACGACGAGGCGAACGACGCCGACGACGACGAGGAGGACGACGCCGACGACGACGAGGAGGACGACACCGACGACGACGAGGACGACGCCGACGACCAAGACGACUGGAAAAACAACGCCAACAACCACGAAACCAACGCCAACAGCUACGAAGCCACAGGAAACGUCAACGACAACAAAGCCAGACGUGACGUCUGCCAGACCAACGGUGACCACAUCAAAACCCACGACUCUAACUUCAUACUGCAACAUUUCUACGUGCCGUGUGCCUACCGACAAUACCCUCUGCAAAUAUUCGAAUACUACCUGGGGAGAAGCUUGCCAACCACCAUACCCAACAGUGUCAAGCGUCAGCACUGAUGAAAUCACGAUCAUUUUGAAAGCGCAUAAUGAUUACAGGCGUCAAGUUGCCCAGGGCCUCGAAACCCGUGGUAAUCCAGGUCCCCAACCAUCGGCAUCUAACAUGAGGCAAUUGAUCUGGGAUGAGGAGCUGGCCGUCAUGGCGCAAACGCACGCCCAGCAAUGCGUAUUCGAACACGACACUUGUCGAGAUGUCUCUCGAUUCCGGGUGGGUCAGAAUAUUUACAUUGGCGCGUCUUCCGCCGAUAACCUGGGCACAUCUAACUGGAAUGCGGCUGUAACUUCAUGGUAUGAUGAAGUCGAUGACAUGAAGGCUGCUUAUGUCACAAGCUUCCCGGCAAACCCACCGAGCGUGAUUGGUCAUUACACGCAAGUUGUAUGGGCAUCUUCUUAUACCGUAGGCUGUGGAGUGGCCUAUUACCAAUCAACAGCUACUUUUGGUGCCGGGUUUCCGUACAAUAGAUUGUACGUGUGCAAUUACGGCCCGACUGGAAAUUUUAUCAAUUCACCAGUCUAUGCGCAAGGAACGGCUGGAUCUGCCUGUCCAGCUUCAACUUCCAACAAUAAUGGGUUGUGCGCUUGAAAAUCCUUUUCUAAUCAUUUCAAUAUGUCUAUGUGUUAUCCAGUAACAAUCGAGUGUUUUGUUUUCUUUUAAAAAAUGGUGGAAGACAUUCUAGAGUAAUACACAAUGCAUGACA